AUGCGCUACAUAGAUACUGAUUUCUCAGCCCAGCCCACAGAGCCGUUCCGUCCUCUUGAGCAACUUAUGGCUGUAUUUCCAGCCUCUUCACGGUCUCAUGUUCCACCUGCUUGGCAAGAUUUGAUGACCGAUCCCAACUCGCCUAUUAUUGACUUUUAUCCGACGGACUUUAAGGUAGAUCUUAAUGGCAAACGAUUCGCUUGGAUGGGCGUUGCCUUGCUCCCCCUAGUUGAUGAGCUUCGUCUUCUUCGGGCCCUCGACACACGGCGGCAUUUACUUUCGACCGAAGAAGUGGAGCGUAACAUCCGUGGCCCAGACCGCCUCUUUGUAAAAGAAGUUCAUCCAGUGGCUGGCCUUCUCCUUGCUUUGCAUAAGCAUGCUGUGGAUUUAAAACUAACGCCAGAAUAUUUUGUCCCGCCAGGAAAACACAUCAAGGGCGGAUUAUUGGUGCCAGAUGAUCACUCUGUCCUUGAUUCUCGCCUCACACAGGGAAUAUCUGGUCGCUUCUGGCCCGACCUUUGCAUAGCCCACAUGCCUGGAGAACGUGUUCCCAGUGGUGUGCCAACGUUACUGCCUGAUCUGCCUGUUUCCCGAGUAGUUAGCGUCUGCUUUGCCGAUCCCGCUUACCCGGACAAGUUUGUAUUUCCUUCCAAACUUCUUGACAAAGUAAGCAAUUCUUCAAGACUUAUUGGCUUAUUUUUUUGGCCAUUAUUAUUAAAUAUUACAUUUGUGAUUCGAUGCCAUGCAUUUCGACAUAGUUACUACACUGACAGAAAUGUUACAUUUAUUUAA